AUGUAUAAAUCCAACACCGGGACGGCUAGAUCUGCAGAAAAACGACAAGGAACAAACAUUUUAGUUGUAUCUUCCUUCACCUUUAGCCCGAGCCGAACAACCCAUUUUAAAAGGACUACAACUACACUCGAAAAGGGGUUUAAAAUAGUUUAUUUUUUAAUUAUUUUUUACAGAUAGCAUCUAUUAACUUAUAGCUCAAAUAUGUAUCUGAAAACGGCACGUGUACUUGUAGCUGUCUCCAUCGUCCUGUCUUGUUACUUGGAUGCUGGUUCGGGUCUUUCCAACUCGAAUUCCAUUAAAAAUCUUUCAGAUGGAGCGCUGAAUCCCAGUCACCCGGUCAGUGCAACCCCGGACGCGAUAGAGUAUGACAGCGGCAGCCAGAACCAGGCUAUUGAUGCCUACCAGCACUUUUACUGUGUAGAAGACCAGAACUGUGCAGUUGGUGAGUUCUGCUACAGAUCUCGAGGCGUCUGUCUCUCUUGCAGGAAACGUAGGAAGCGCUGCCUCCGAGACGCUAUGUGCUGUGCUGGCAACCACUGCAGUAAUGGUUUGUGCUUGCCCAAUGAAGGAGAGGCAGGUCAUCAUGUUGAAAUUGAAGAAACCAUCACUGAAAGCUUUGCUCAUGAAGACCAUCACUUCACAAUGGAAUCCCAUCCAAGGAGAACCACCAUGCCUGCAAAACCUCACUCUGAGAAAGGUCAGGAAGGCGAUGUGUGCCUCAGAUCUUCAGACUGUUCAGAAGGACUAUGCUGUGCUCGUCACUUUUGGUCCAAGAUCUGCAAGCCAGUGCUUAAAGAAGGGCAAGUGUGCACCAAACACAAAAGGAAAGGAACUCAUGGCUUGGAGAUAUUCCAGCGUUGUGACUGUGGAGAUGGCUUGGCAUGCAGAACACAGAAGGGAGAACAUCUUAGCAAGUCAUCAAGACUCCACACCUGCCAAAGACACUGAUCAUGUCUUCUAAAAUGACUGAAAUCAAAAGAGGACCAUUGUAAUAUCCUACAACAUUUUAUGGACUGAUUCUUCAGUUUGUCAGAGCAUUGAAAGAUUGCAAUUUUAAGAGUUUACAUAAACAUACUCUGAUUUAUUUCUUCAGAAGACCAGAGUAGCCUUGAUUGUUUCUUUUGUGGAACUAACCCUUCAUGAUAAUUGCAGUAAAUUACUGUGUUGUAAAUAUUCAGUGUGGCACUUAUAUUGUAAUUUUAAAAUGCAAACAUGAAUUUUAAACAAAGGUGCUGGAUGGUUUCUCAUAGUGUAAAUUUGUACACAAUAAAUGUUUAUUAUAUUA